AUGAAGAGUUCACCAAAAGUUUUUCGUCGCCCACUACAACCAAUUCCAGAUACAUUUGAGGAGUUUUUGAAUCUGGCCAGAAAGUUCAACGAGGACGAUCCGUUAAAUGCAUUCAACUCUAUUUCUGGCCUAAAACUAGUUGGACCAUUCGAAAUUUUGGACGGAGUUUUAGACCAUGCAACUGAUGACGAACUUCGUCUACAUUGGAGAUUUCCAAACGAUCUACCUGAAAUGCAAACGUGUGCAGUUUUUGAAGGCGGUCGCUUUUGUAUUUGGAGAGACGAGCCUGAUACCAAUAAUUCUUUUAUUGUCACGAUACCAGGAAAUGGUGACGAAUUCUUCGCGGAAAUUACCGUUUUAGGCGAACAUCCAUGUUGCAUGCUUUUUCAUCUUAACGCAAGUUCUGCAUUUUUCCCAAAGAAUAUGAAGAAGAACGAUUUCCAGGAUGAUGAGAAGAGAAUCAAAUCAGAACGAAUAAAAAAGAGGGUUGCUUUACCAUUACACGGUGCAGAGGGUCCAGGAAUCGUUGUGCCUGUCAAAAAUGGUAUAGGCUACAGACCAAUCUUAACACCGAAUGCUCACAUCAAGCACAUGUUUUUGACAAUCGCCACGACAACCAAUGAGAAAGAACGAGAAAAACUGAUGGGAUCAGUGCGUGAAAUGUUGUCGCUGAUACAAAUGGCUGACGAUGAGAUGGAUUUUGGGAUGGGUCUCGAAUUGGGGCACGACUGCUUUAUGGCUAACGCGCCUCGCUUGGACAAAGUGACAAAACUCUUGUUAGCAAAGGCGUAUGAACUGCUUGGAAGGAAAGAAUACGGAGAAAUCGUUCGGAUUCAAUUUGUCGAUGGAAAUCGAAGGCGUGAAAAUUUGUCGAUUUUGGUU